UGCAAAGCGCAGCACCAUGAAACUGGCAUUGAUCGCAUCGCUCUCUGUGGCCCUUUGGCUACUCUGCCUCAGCUCAGGUGCAACGGCCGAUUGCUGCAGACCGUCAAAGAUUCUCUACAAGUUGGCCAACAAUGGAAAGGAGCACAAUUGUCAGACAUAUGGUGGCAAAUACCACAACAAAGAGACGUGCGAGAAGAAGGUCUGCGGCAAUGGGGAUGGCAUCAAGGGCACCUGGUGCGGCCGUGGCAAAUGCAAUCCUAGAGGCUGCCACUGCCGGAAUGGCUGCCUGCCCGGCGAGGCCACCUCCAGUUUUCGUGAGAAGCACGGUUAUUUCAAUUUCGAAUAUGUGGGCUAUGCUUAAGCAACCAGUGUUGUAAAAUUACAAAAUAUAAUGAGCAUCUAUUAAGCAUUGUCUAACGAACUCUGUGCCAAACAGAACUUUAGAAGUGCAAUCAUUUCCAUUUGGACCACAAAACAAAUUAAAUGUGCACCAAUCCAUAAAGUAUCGCAUGACCAGAGAGCAUUCGGUAACCAAAGCUGAGCUGCUGCUUCAUUUGCAGGCCACGCCCACUUAUGCCAAAAACAAAACAU